AGUAGGUUACCAAGCGUCCGCUUCUCUCCUCCUCCUGGCGCGGGUCAGUCGCGUGUGUGGAGCCGUAAAACUUCCCCUAGAGUUCCAGGAUGCGACGUUUUAGGAACUUCAAGGCUGCAGCGCGCAAACGUCUAUGAAAGAGACAUCAUCGCGGUGCGUUCAAGGACCGGUAUGGACUCUUAAGUUCUCUCGGUGAACUUCAGUCAUCGUCAGUCAAAUGUGUUUGGGGGACUUCUGGGGUUAGUCGAGUCUAGCUUGGAGACACCAAUGUCCGAGCCCCGUGUGCCCCGCGGACAGUGUGGCAGGUUCGUGGGUUAGAUGGUGCUGAUCACGGAUGACAGAGAUGGAGGCGGCGCAGCGUCGGUCCGGGUCAAGCAGCUCCAGCUCCAGCUGCAGCAGCAGAAAAGCGGCUGCGGGGUCGCCCAGGUCCACCCGACUAUAGCGGAGGAGUGUGACCACUAUUGUGAUGAGGAGGAGGACGAAGAAAGUGCCGAGGAAGAGGAGGAUGAGUUCGAAGAAGUUAACUUCGAGGACUUGGACGACGGUCGGACCAUCGCUUCUGAUGACUCUUUCUACCCGCUGGAUGAUGCGUUCGCGGACUGGGAGCGCUCUCCGUCACCGGACAGCCCGGAGCCCUUGUCCCUCUUCCAGGCCUGCAGCUCCAACAACGCCGCAAUAGUCCGGAUCAUGAUCCGCCAUGGAGUCAAGCCGGAGGAGGUCAUGCAGACGGACCGGAACAGCAGGACGGGGCUGUUGGUGGCCUGCUACCAAGGUUUCGUGGAUGUCGUCAUCGCGCUAUCGCAGUGUCCGUAUCUGGACGUCAACUGGCAGGACAGCGAGGGAAACUCAGCCCUCAUCACAGCUGCACAAGCAGGGCACAUUACAAUCACCAACUAUCUGCUCAACUACUACCCCGGACUGGACAUCGAGCGGAGGAACUGCCACGGUUUCACCGCUCUGAUGAAGGCAGCCAUGCAGGGGCGGCUGGAGUGUGUGCGCUCACUCAUGAUGGCAGGAGCAGCGCUCAAUGCUAAAGACUACGGCCGCCACUUGACUCCCCGGGAAUGGGCCUUAUUUACAGGCCGUUACGAAACGGCUUGGUUGAUGACGCGGCUGAUGGAAAGACCCUGUCCUCUGCAGUUCUGUGAUUCUUACAGCCUAGAGUGGCCCCCCUUGGCGGGGCUGGUGGCCAGAGCCCAGGAGCCCCGCGGGUGUUUGAAGCGCCUCUCUGACACUUUGCGGAACGUCUUCAACAUUGCAAAUGUCACCAACCCGGAGGACGAAGGCGUGAUCGACCACAUGGUUUCUGUCACCACUGCCAUGAGGAGUCCCUUCAUCGCCGUGGCGUGCCACACUGUGUGUCCCGACAGCCCCCCGUGUGUUGGAAAGCGCCACUACGCAGUUCCUGAGAUCAUCCGUCAGCAUCGUGCCAAGGAGCUCCGGGCCGUCAACCCUGAGCGGUUUGACGCUCACCUCAAACUCUUCCAGAACUCCCGCGUCACGCUAGUGGCAAAGCACCCCGACCGCCGCGCCAGCCUUCAACCCCAAAGUCUGGUGACUCGGAAUCGGAGCUCCAGCGUGGGCAAAGUGGUCUUAAGCGAGAACAUGGAGGUGAGACGGACCAGCCUCCUCCCCAUGCACAUGAUGCUCAGGAGAAGCAGCGUCCGGCCAGGCUUCAGCAUUCCCAAGGUCAGGGUCUCCAAAGCCCCCACACCAACGUACGAACCAGAGAAGGUUCGGAGGAAGAGCAGUGCCAAAGAUGGCGGCGGGCACUUUCUGCAGAUUCCAAAGUGGCGCUACAAGGAGCUUAAAGAGGAGAGGAGGAAAGCCGAGGAGGCUGAGAGAAGGAGGCUGGAGGCCCUGACUAAGAAACACCUCACUGCAGGCAAGAGGAAAUAACAUCACAGUGUCCAAGGGAAGCGACCAAAAAUAACAAAGCUUUAUUAUUCAACCCGUCAGGAAACACGCUCAGGGUGAAGUUACCAGCAACUUUCCGAGGAAAUUUUUUAAUGUCUCAAUUGUGCUCAUGGAGCAAAAGAUCUCCUUUAUAUUUGAAGGUCUGUAACAACUCCACUGUGAUGCCAGGGUCAGCUCAGCUCUCUUCGCUAAACGUGUCCAAAGAAAAUUUUUCUUUUUUUCUCAAUCCACAGUUGAAACUAGUGAAAUGAUACUUGAAAUGUUUUAUAGCAAGUUUAUGUUUUCUAACUUAUUGCUGGUCCAAAGAGCCAGUCUCCAAGUAAACAUGUAUAAUAAGGAAGUGUCUCAUUGAAGCAUUUUUGUUUUUUAAUCAUGGAGACAUUUCCAGUAAUGUCACCUGCGUACACUGAACUGUGAGCUGGGACGACUAUUGAGCCUGUUUUGAAGCUGUUUAUUGUGAUAAUGCUGUGAAUGUGUAGUCAUUUUAUAUUCUAGUGCUUUGAAUAUUUUUAUUAAUUGUGAUGCUUCAGCCAGAUUUUAGUGUGUUUCCGGGAGAACGUGAAGCACUCUGGUUUGUAACGUGCAAUUGAAUUCCUGUCCGAAAUUCAAAGCGUUUAUAUGGUAGCAGCUACUGCUAACUAAUGCUAUUGUUCACUCUGGUUCUUUUCAAGAGGACGGUGACUGUUAUUAUUCCUAAAUAAAGUUUAUAAAGAAAGUAAAACUGUGAUUCUUUUAUUUAUAAUAUUUGUUGCGUAACUUGAAACAGUCACCAACUUUUGACCCACUACACUAUCAUGAGCUACCCACCAGGAAAUCGCAUUUCUUGCUGCUUUUACACCGUGUUCAGAAAUGACAUUGAACCACUUCUUUUAAAUCUGAACUUAGACUUGACUUCCUGAAGCUCAAAAUGAAACAUCUCCAUCAGCAGUCCGUCC